AUGGGCUGGCUUUCUUUGGCCUGCGCGCUGCUCCCCCUUUCGGCAGCCUUGAGGGAGCGCCACGAGGUGGCGGUGGAGGCCGCGGUAUCGCAGAGCCGGAAUGUGCUGACCUCGAUACGUCGUGCUCUGGCUCCGCUACCGGAGGUGGAGGAGGAGGAGGAGGAGUCAGAUGGAGAGACUAUGUUCACGUUUGAUGAUGCGGAGGAGGCGAAGCAGCAAGCGCAGCGACUGACACGUGGCCUCUUGAACUCCACGCGGCAGAGGUGUAGCACGGAUGACAGUUGGAAGCAGAUCCCGGACCUGCAUGCCAUCUGCGAGGAGGAAGAUUCCCAUCUACUGCUUAAGCUUCUGCGCCAAGCUGCAGACUCACCGCGCGUGGUUAAGUGGCUAUGCACUGCCGUGGUGGCUUCUUCAGGAACGAAUGAUGCCUCUCUAAACGCCCCGGAGCGGUGCGGAAAGACAGGUCGACUAUUCUUGAAUGCCACCGUGGCCCUCGUAGACAGCGACUCGAAGCACACCUGGGAGCCGGUGGCAAUGUUCUUCCUUGCAUGCCUCCAGCUCGCGGGAGAAGUCCUGCCUCUGCCGCCUCCUCUGGGCUGGCUCGUCAGCACCGCUGCUGACUAUCUCAUGCAGCGGCUGAGCAACAGGGCGGAGAAGGAGCUUGGCAAUCUCGAGGCGCAGUUCGACGAACUGGCUUCCCGCCGAGUCUCGGAGGAACUCUUUCGCCUUGGCUCUGCGCGGGCACGGGCAGCGGAUGAGCAGAUCAAGGACAUGUCCCUGCUGGAUGGACUCUGGAGCAAGAGUUUGGCAUCCUCCUCUGCAGCUGCAGACCAACAUCUCGCGGAGUUUGUCCAGACGCUCAGCCGCGCUUCGAGCUUCAACCGUUGGGCCAUCAUCGAACAAGAUCUCGCCACUUCGGCAGAGAUCCUGCGGCCUUCGGAGUCGGUGCCUCUGAUCGAGCGUGGGAAGUUUGCCGAGCUGUUGCGCACGCACCUUGAGAUGUACUUGCUUGUCUUGGCGCGCAUGUAUCGAUCAGCAGAGGACACUGGCCAAGCGGGCGAGAUGCACAAGGCUCUGUCGAGCAAAGCUCACCGCAUGGCCAACCUCCUACUACCAGAUCUUCUGCUGAUGAGCCUGGUUUCGGAGCCAGGACGAGGGGGUCUGCAGCACUUGCACGAGCUCUUCAAGAGCCCCUUGCUGAUGGAUUCGAAGCAGAGUACGUUGAGGGAGGGCUGCAGCGAGCUUGCCAACGAGGACAACUACGAAUUCGAGUACCUGGCUGCUUGUGCGUUGCUGCCCCUUCAGAGCAAGAAGGGCUACGCCGGCUACGCCGUGCCUCUGCCUGCUCCCCUGACGACGGGUGAUGCCAUGGUCUACUUCUUCUUCACGGCGGAGACAGAAGAGACAGAUGCGAUCCUGGGCCUAUCCCCGAAGUGCAAGUCAGGGCAGUACCUCCUGUCAUAUCGGCGCUUCACCCAGAUGAGCUCUUCUUUGUUGUAUGCGGAGAAGACGGUGCGGAGUGCUUGUGGGCGGGUGCCACAUGUCCAUCUAAUUCCCAACAGCCGCUUCACUACACCGGGACUUUGCACUGAUCAUGCAACCCUCUUCAUGGAGCAUGUUGUGGCAGUGGUGACUUCUGUGACUUUUGAAUCUCCUGAUUUGCGUCCCGGGGCUGUGUUGGAGAGUACGUGUCAGCUGGCAUAUGCACAUUCACCGCAUCCUUACCUACUUCCGGGACACAGUGCAGGCAAUGUGACGUUCAUCGAGGCGCAGAAUUCUCCUGCCCGGGUCUUUGCGCACGGAAACCACCUCUUUCGCGCUGCACUGCUGAAAUCGGGGGAGAUCAAGGUGAAGAUCUUCAAACGGACGGGAGAGCUGGCUUUCUCUACGAUGCUUCCCAAGAGCAAGUGCAGGAACCUGCACGGUUGUGAGUCACUGCAAUUCCCACGGAUUUUCGUCAAGCAGAACCACCUGUAUGUCCUCGCCUUAGGCACUGUGAAGAAGGCUCCCCUGCGCUUCGUGCGUCAAGGCUUGAAGAUCGGCUGUGGCUCCGGCUGCUCCUAUCUCUCUAUGGAAGGGUAUCAUAUCGGUCUCCCUCGUGAGCUGCACAUUCAGCAGGAGAUUGCGCUGACCGACGCCAAUGACUUCACCAUCCAGAAUGGCCGUCUGUACACCGUGUCCUAUUCCAGCGGCCAGAUUCUCUGGUCACAGGUGUCUGUCUUCUCGUCGCUGACCAUGCAGCUAUUGUCCCGACGGACCCUCGAUCUCGGCCGUGAACCGGCCUGGCGGCAGGCACCGAGCCUGCUCCUUCACCACGGUCAUCUGAUCAUUGCCAGUGCCUUUCAGCUUCACCUUGUCAGUGCUGUGGCAGACUCCCUGGCACCGAUCAAGAUGAUUGGCUUCGCAGACGCGGAGCAGGUGGAGAGGAUACCUGAACUACUUGGCUGCAACAACGGUGUCGCGCUGGUAGCAUGGACUUCUGUGGCAGAUGAUGCCGAUACCAAGAUCCGGCUGCAGCCGAUGGACCCGGCUCACCGAGGGCCGCCACGCUGGUUGGAGGAAGUCCUUGGCCCAGGUGCCGGACUUCGAACGCGUCCCCGACCUGCCUUGGGCUUCGGACAGAUCUUCUACGCAAAGGGCGAGGAGGUUUUCCGCCUUGACUUGGGCUUGGGAGCAGAGACGAAGGUCGGCUUGCUUCCUCUCAGCCAAGCUGUGAGCAUGCAUCCCUGGGAAGAUGGCGUGUUUGUCUUGGGCGUGAGGUCGAAUCCCUAA